UUAAAUUCUAUCAACUCUUAACAAUAUAAGCUAAGAGACGACGACGAGGAGUAAUCAAUAAUAUUUGAGAGGGUGUGAGAGAGGUUCCAUUAUUAUUUUUCUAUUUGUUCCUUCUUUUUUUUGUUGUUACUAUAUUAUAAUAUCGUAAUAUGUUGUCUUCAGGAUAUGCAAUGAAACGAGAUGUGGUGAUCAUUGUAAUCUUUACAAUCUUAGUUUUGAUAAUUUUCUCGCGUUCAAGUUCGAUUCAAGCGGGAAUAUUCAGCAGCAGUACAAGAAGAAAAAGUAAUAUUCUGAGGGUUGCUCGAUCACAAUACUACAAGAAUCAUCACGAGUUUGUGAUCUCGGGAGGGAUGUCAAAUUUUAAUAAGUUCAGACGAAGAAGAUCGUCUAAAGUUGGGGAAAAGAUUGACGGCGAGGAGGAAGACCAAGAAGAGAAGCGAUCUAUCCCCAGUGGUCCAAAUCCUCUGCACAACAAGUAGGGUAAUAUUGAGAGAGGCAACAUAUAUGACUAUUCAAGAAUCAAGAUUAGUAUUUGUUCUUAAGGAAACAGCUGCGGUAUUACCGGGUUUUCAUUCUUUAUUAUAUACUCUAUGGGUUGGGUUGGAAAAUCUAACAAUCGAGUGUGUUUUCUAGCAUUUAAAAUGCGUAUGUUUGAAUUUGCUGGACCCUUAUACUAUGUACAAUGAGGUAAAACUAAUUAAUACUUUAAUUUGAUCGUAAUAAUAUGGAC